CUCAGUGUAUCUAAUAAAGUGACGUACCACGCAACACAGAUUUAAAUUAGAAUUCAAUACAAUAAUAAAUAGUCUUUUAAAAAAACAGAAGCAAAAAUAAGAAUUAUUAUUGGACGUGCAAAUUAACAUUUGCGACAAUCGUACCAAAUUUUGAUGGCGGCAUUCAUAAUUGUGAAUCGUAUAAAAAUCUUAUAUUGACAGUAGAAUUGAUCAUAGAUACGUAUUUAUGGAUUAUCAGUCGGCUAUUUAUAUCAUUAUUCUUCGUUUUGUUGUAUCAAAUAAGCACAAGUGCAAAUUGACGUGUAAUUAGGGACUCGCGAAGCCAUGAUUAUUUGUCAAAUGAUGAUGGAUUAUGAAUGCCAGCCAAAAUUCCAACCGGACGUCUACUUCAUCCUCAUUAGGUUCGUUAAGCGUCUAUCUCAAAAUUGGAAAUACCUUGUACAAUAUUUCAUUUCACAUACCUGCAUGUAUAUGAUGUAUCGGUGCACGUGUCCUUCGCCCUAGAUUUCCGAUACAACAUCCUCACUUCGUCACGACACUCGCGCGCUGACACUAGCAUUGAUAGCCGUAUAGAUUCGAUUGAAAAGAGAUACGUGUUAAUUAAUAUAACGCGGCGCCGACGAGAGCUCGAUUAAAUAUUUCAAGAGCGAACGGGAAUAUGACAACGAACGCACCAACACGUGUAAGCACUUGGCGGUAUAUAUAUACACUCGCCGGCUCGAGAUGUAUUGAUAUGACGCCGCGACACGUGCGCGACGCGCGAGGACAAGUGCGAUCUUCUAGAGGUUCCUACGAAAGUGCUACUGACAGCUUCCGGAAUGUACUACUUUCACUCACGUCCCGCCUAGUCCCCUCCCCCCGCGCCGCACCUUCCCACCGGGCGAUACGCUCACCCGAUUGACGCGCGAUGACGUAAGCCUUUUUUCUCAUUGUUGUGAGAAUCUCGCGGCGAGAUAGCGGCGUAAUAGAGUCGUUGCGUCCGGCGGACGACAGAUAGUACGACGCGGAGUAUCGGAGCGUUUAAUAUUCAUUCGCGUAAAUUCCUGAAAUAUUGAAUCGGCUUUUCGCGGUAGCAUGGCGUCCAUUAACACGUGUUCCUCCGAUUGGUAUUGCGCGAGUGUCAGUGCUAUGUCACCAGCGGGUUUCGGAGUGCCACGACGGAGUAGCGAUGUUGGAUCAGGAAGUCAGGACGGAAGAAACAAAGGUGCCGGGAUGCCUCAUCGAUUCAUCGUAUAUUUACAAAAGGAGCUACCGUCCUCAUGCUUGGCAGCGGUUUUCCUGGACCAACUUUAAAGCCUGCCAGAGCAUGGGCGGCCGAAGAGCCGGCUCCGGCGGGAGCCGGGCGAACGCCGGCGUCCUCAAGGAACGUGCCAACAUGUCGUUCAUGCUGGUCGUCAUGUUCUUCGCUGUGUUCGGCCUGAUCGUCCUCACGGAGAUAUUCCUGAUCGACGAGAGGCGCGGCGUGAGCGUAGGCGGCACCGGCGUACUCGGGGGUCACAGGAGCGGUCAUCGAUUGCCAGCUGCGCCCGAUCGUCCGGAUUACGGCGAAGUAGGAGCUGAAGAUUAUGCCGGCUUGAAGGGUAGCUUUGACGAGCACGUCGGGUUAUUGGUUCACGGAGAGGACGGCGGCCAGAAGACGGCGAUACACCCGGAUCCGCGUGGCUUACCGAGCUUACCGCCCAGCUUGGAAGCCCGUCUGCCGCAGUUGGAUCAGAGCCUGAAGGUCACGCAUGCUGAAUGGUUGCCAGUCACCAACACGAGGUUCAAAUUCUUCGUUUACUCGGCGUACUUCGACGACAGAGUCAGCGGCGCUGGCGGCCCGGCGGGCAAGAGUCAGGGUGUGGUGCGUGUGAUCAGUGCUACCAAAACCAGAGGCCCGGAGCGCGUCUGGUGUAGGCUUUGGUAUCGACAGCAGAACGGCGCGAAUGUCACUGCCUCGGUAACGGUAGCUGCCAAAGUUAAGGUGAUCAGGGAGAAUUGGAAUCUGAAGUACAGUGCCUGCUUCGUGAUAUGUCCGUUGCCUAAAGAGUCCCCGACGGCGGACAAGGUGCCGGAGGCGGUCAGCGUCGUGGCGAGGCUGCGAGCUGCCCCGACGAAUCGCAUCCUCGUGCAGAACCGUCUCGAGAGCAGAACAAACGACAAGGAAGCUCUAGCCGUUUGCGUCAAGCCUCUGCAUUAUUAUUACAACAGGGUUUUGCAACUGGUGGAAUUUAUCGAGUUACACAGACUUCUGGGCGCCACCCACGUCACUCUGUACAAUGACACUGUAGGCGCGGCGGCCGGCUGCGCGCUUAAAUAUUACGAGAGCAAGGAUCUGGUUACGGUGUUACCGUGGCAUCAUCUGGACAUGAUUUCCCAGCGGGAAAUUCGCACGGAGGGCCUCUUCGCGGCGCUUAACGAUUGCCUGUACCGUUCCAUGUACAAGUACGAGUACGUGGCGCUCGUGGACCUCGACGAGUACAUUAUACCGAGGCACAACGACACCAUAAUCGACCUGCUGCGGUGGAUGGGAAAUCGGAUCAAUAUCAAGUCCACGGGCGCGUUCUCCUUUCAAAACGCCUUCUUCUACCUGCAAUGGGCCGACGACCCGUUUGUGCUGACCAGCCGCACACCCACCGAAGCCGGCCUGAUCACCCUGAGGAAGACGCGCCGUCGUACCAAGCUGCAUCCGCACAAGCAACGUUCCAAGUACAUCUGCAAGCCGCAGGACGUGGUCGAGGCGGGCAACCACUUCGUCUGGGAGUUCAUCCCGGGUCACGGCACCCUGAACGUGCCGUCGGACGCCGCGAUCCUGCACCACUACCGCGUAUGCGAGUUCGGCGGCGACGACUGCAUCAAGACGCAGUCCACCGUCGACCGCACGGCCUACAAGUACAAGGACCGGCUCGCCGCCAGCGUGGACAAGACGUGGACGGAGUUGCGCGCCGAGUGCUCGCUGCCAGAACUCGACCCGGUCCCGGUGUUGACGCCGCGAAUCAAAGUCAGCCCGUUGGGCAAGUCGGUGAGGUAGCGAAAGACCAUCGUCGAGAUCCUCUGGGACAUUGGCAAUUUUACCGGCACACCGAAAGUCGCGAGGACCUAUUUCUACAAUUACGGCGCACCUUAGUCCUCCUCGUGACCGAGAGGGUGACACAACACCAGGUGUGUCCCCGCCGUAGUGUCUUUUUUACGGAAAAUUGUCGUCGCGAGCGUCGAGAUUGUCUCUCACUUCCUCACUCACUCACUCGCUCGUUCUCUCGCGACAGUCGAACGCGUUUUCUUCUUUUUUGUUUUCCUGGUUUGUAUUCUUGUUUCUACCUCUGAUCGACGCGAAGAACGCGUUUUCGAGUUCGCGCGAAGAAAGGAAUGAGGCUGUAUUACGCCUAUCAACGAAAGUUGACGGAGACUGUCGCAAAACUACCUAAAGAAUGGGCGCAACGCUUGUCCCGAGACGCGGAUUAAUCAUAUUUUUCUACGUGACGGAUUUCUGAGCGGGGCCGGGGCGAAGUCCGGAAGACGAGUCGCCAACGAGUCAGUCGAUCGAGUUUGUCUCCCUCGACGCUGCUACAUGGUGCUUUCUCUCUUACGAUUUUAUACGAUCUCUUUCUCGUGCCGCGACUCUUUUGUUCGCGCGUGGUCGUCUUGCGACAAAUCGUGCUGUCUGCAAACGAAGAUUUCUUACGAAGGGCCUAAGUCACACGGUCUACAGAAGAGCAGCUGGCGAUAAAAGAAAGAAAGAAAGUCGAGAUUUAGAUAUUACUACCCAUAAUUAUACCGUUGUUUUUCGAGCGAACUUUACAUCUUCCGUUCCUUUCUUUUCUCUUUCUCUCUCCCUCUCUCGGGAAUACUUGUAAAUCCGCACAACGUAUUAAACAAAUCUUACGCAUAUCCAUAGAAUCGAUAUAUAAUUAGCAUAGUGACAUAUAUGUAUAAUAUGUAUCUAGGAGUGUUAGUAGGCACUGAAUUUCUCGGGGAGGCGGCGUAGGACGCGCGCGAUGAUCUCAGAGAGAAGUGUUGUCUCUCUUUCUCUCUCUCCCUCCCUCGACGUGCGUUAUCUGCGCCGCGGACGGAGGCGCGAAUGUCGCCGAGAGCGUGGAUUUAUUUUGACAGAGAGGCACUAGUCGAAGUCUUUCUCAAGAUCUUCUCCAAGGGCUUACAAAAAACUUGGAUUUAGUGUGUAAUUCGUUUGUUUUACCUCGCGCAACGGCAUUUUGCCCGGGCAGCGCUGCAGUCGAGCGAGACUGCACGCUUUGUGAUACGAUGAACUUGUCGUGCAAUCUCGUUGCAGCGUUCGCGAGCGGUGGCGGGUUCGAUUGCAGAACCGUCAAUCCUCCGCCGGACAAAGAAACGACAAGAAGGAAAAAAAAACGAGAGAAAAAAUAAUAUCGUAAAUUAAUACGGGACGAACUUUUUAUAUAUAUAAGAGAGAGAGAAGUUAGUUGUUCUCUUUUUUCUAAAUGAAGGGGAGAGACACUAGUAACGGCCCGGAUACGCAGAAAAAUUUGAGCAGUUAACAAAAUUUACCAUUUGCGAUCGAUUAUUUUUUGGUUGUAAAGAAAAUUGUUGACUGCGAUUGGUCUAAUUUUCUUACAGCUUAAGUUCUUCCGCGUAUGCCCCGCCUAAGACGCGUAGGAUGUCGCGAGGUUCUACGAAUAUAUCGCCCGACCCGUCGUUGCCAUUUUGCAAUUGUUCGAGGAACGGACAAGCACGGAAGGGUUUCUGUUCUGUUUUUUCCCCCGCGCACGCGGGACGCGCGGAUGAACUUAGACGGAUAAAAUGUUUCGAGUAGAUACACUUGCGAGGCGAUAGGUGGAGGAAGAAGAGGAGGAAGAGGAGGAGGAGGAGGAGUAGGAGGAUCACAACACCGGCAGCCGAAUCGAUACUUUAGCGGACGAGCCGAAUGCCGCCGCCGCGGCGGCGGCGGCGGCGGCGAUAGGACUCGUCGACGACGGCGAGUAUAGCGCAAAAGUCUUUCUAUUUCUUUAUUGAUACGAAGAAUCAUGUUUCUUACGCGCACGUUUUAUGUAUAUAUGUGUAUACACGCAUGCGAACGUACGUGGACGCGUACAUGGCAUAUAAGGGUAGAUCUAAGUGACGUAUGUGUGAUCGGUGCUGAGGUCGGCGCUAGCCGAUCGACGUCGACCGUGGCUUGAGUCGACGGAGUUAAUAAAUAUGAUACUAGGACAAUA